ACAUGAAAACACAAGCACGAUGCCCUGAUGCGAAGUUGGAAGUGAAAACAGAGCUUAGAGUUGCGUGCAGGACGCUGGAUUUGUACAACUUGGAGAAUACGGACUCAAGCUUGACACUGGAUACACGGGGAGCCGCUGACUCAAUGAAAGGCCUCUGUUAUUCUGCAUCCGACAGCAUAACGACGACUGGAGUGAACAUGGAGCCCUUCAGUGUCUCUGGAGCGGCAGGAAAUGCUUCACCUGUUGAGGCCUGCGCAGACAACAUCACAGCCACCUGUCUGGAGGACCACCUCUGUGUCCGUUGUGUCGCUGACGGGACGACACACACAACAGACGACCUGAUGUGUGUGAGUGGAGACGCACAGUGGGGCACGGAUGCUGGAUUUGCAGAUGUGGCACAUUUGUUUUUAACCUGUUCUGCAAAAGACUCUCCUACUAAAGCACAGGAUUACUCAUCUUACUCAGAAAUGGAUCAGAGCAUGACGUUAGACAACUUAGAACAAAUCUUAAGGACAGAUUUCUACGAGGAGGAUGAGGAUGAGGGGAGAGUGGGUUCACACUGGGGUGCCAAGAUGCUUGAAGUAGAUCAGGACCCACAUGACUUUGGAGAUCUACCAGAUGAUUUAUCUGAAUUCCUCGACGAUGAAUACCUAUUGGGCACAGACGUUUUCUUUGGUGAUCCGUGGUUUAAUCCUGAGGAACUCACCAACUUCAAUGAUGUCGCUGUUCUGCCAGAGCAGCCGUGCACCGGCGGCCACCAGCAGGGGCAGACGGACCAAUUCACCGGCAUACAAAACAAAAGGAGAAAAAGACAGAGAGUUCCUCGGUCACAGCGGUGCACUGAUGAGAAGAAACCACCGUCCACACCAAAAAGACACAGAGCAGCAGGCGCCGACGUGGAGGCAAAGCUCAGUCCUGCAGAGGCAGCGAACCCAACCACCACUCCCACAAGAUUCCUUCACCUCCAACCCCCCAUUCAUUUCAUCACCAUCCCAGACUCUAAAGGAUAUCAGCUCAUCCCGAAUGUGAGGCUCUCCCCUCCGGUUAUUAGACUUCGACUCCCCAGUGCAGCCGCUACACCCACAUACAUAUUAGUUCCUUCUGCCUCAACACCCUGCAAACCCCAACUGCAGCCGCUCUCCCCGGUGGAUGCUGCAGUGGUGCCUGUCCAAAUGAGCUCGUCACCACCAGGAUCCCUGUCGGACACCGCUAGCAGAGCAAUGUCUCCCCCUCAUACCUCGAUCUCCUCCAGAAGUGUGUACCGGUACCUGUUUCAAUUUCCUCAUGUGUGCUCAACGCUGCAGAAGUAUUUCAAUUGUAAAUAUUGUGACUUUUUGUAUAUUUCAGACACUUCCUCAUCUAACGAAUCACCUCCUCCUCAGUCUUCCACUGUCCUUGAUAUUCCAGAGAGUGUAAAAGACUACAUUCAGAAAGUCAAAGCCCACAUGAGUCUAACAUGCCCAGCUAUAGAGGAGGGUGUUAGUCUGACCUCUCAUUACGUGGAUGUGCAAGUGAGCCAGAGAGAGACCUUUCGCUCGGGAAAGAACGCGAACAGAGUCCUGGACAAGGAGCUCAUCAUCACGGGAGAUACGGAUCGACAAAACAGCUUGUUGGGGCAUAGUCAGAUCUUCGGAGACUCAAAUGGACAUAACCUCAAACGAUACAUAGUGCUGCUUGGCAAUGCGGGCAUGGGAAAAACCACCCUGAUCAGGAAGCUGUGCCUUGACUGGUCCACAGACUGCAUCCUACAGUUUGACUUUGUCUUCUUAUUAGAUGGCAAAACUCUCGCUUUGAAAAACCCCAUCUACAGCCUUCAGACCCUUUUAUUAAACCUCUCCUCCUUUGCCACUUCUUGCACGAACCCCGAGGAAGUGUACGUGCAAAUCCUUGCGGCCUCCAAGCGCGUGCUCAUCAUUUUCGACGGCUUUGACGAGCUGCGAGACUACGAAGUUCUACUCCAGACUCAAGAGAAAGACGUGAUAACAUCUCUGCAGAAAGACAGUAAAGCGGAGGCCUACACUGUAAGACAGCUAUUCUCUGCCAUCCUUCAGAGGGUCCUUCUUCCAGGAUGCACUCUUCUGCUCAGUACACGACCGAGGGGCUCGGCCAACCAGCUCCUCCGUCGGGCAGACAGCUUUCUGGAGGUAUGUGGCUUUACUCCCACCGAUGUAGAAGCAUACUUGUCCCAGUACUUCACUGACCCGGCCCUCAGAGCCACUGCUUUGGACUACUUAAAAAACUGCAGCUAUCUACAUCUCCUCUGCUGGAAUCCCGGACUAUGUCGGUUGGUGUGCCUGGUGUUGGAACAGUCCAAAACUUUGGACCUCCUACCGAGAACUUUAACCGGGCUCUGCCAUCAAGUGCUUCGUUUGAAAAUGGAAAAGCACUGUAAGGCCACAGACUCACAGCCUGACGUUAAAACACAAACACCCCUGCAAUCUGAAGAAGAAACACAAACACAAAUCUCAGGUAAUAAUCAAUUGAACGUGUGUCACAAAAACACUCCAGUCCGUAAGUCCAGAGCACGAGUUUACACUUGUACUCGCUCGAGCAACCAAAGAGCGAGGCGGGCAAAAAAGCAGGUGACAGAGGGGAGUGAAGUGGACGAGGAGGAGAUGGAGAGUGUGGGAAGGGAGGUGGAUAGAACAGAGGAGAGAGAGCUGCUGUCCCAGCUGAGCUCUUUGGCGUGGGAGGGGGUCAAAGCCAACUCGUCCAUCCUUCCCAAGGGGCGGACCUUAUCUGCCCGACACAAGGCUUUUGGCCUCGGGACAGGACUCCUCCUCUGUCAUCCCCUGAGGAAGCAGCUGGGUUUCUCAAGUGAUGAGGGGGGAGGAGGAGGAGAGGACCCAAAAGACAUGGGAGGAGGAGAGAAACCAGACGGAAACAGAGACGGAGGGAAAACAGAGAUUGAAAACGUUGAUGAAGGCCACAUCCUGUUGUGGGCCAGUCCCUUCCUUCAGAGCUACUUGGCAGGAGUCCACCUUUCUUUUUCCAGGACUGUAUCAGAGCGCACUUUCCUCCAGAACCUUCCUUUCCACUCAGGUCCGAAGGGACGUCGCCGCCCUCAAAGAGAGGAAUUCCAGCUGACUCAGCGAUUUGCCGUCGGCCUCCUCUUCCACAACAGCGCAGAGCUGCAGAGCCUCCACUCACACACAAAGGCAGCCUUCAGGGAUAUGGUGGUCAACAGACAGGCUCUAGUGACAAAGCACCUCAAAAGUCUUUCUCACGGUGACCUGAGUCCCGCCCAGGUCCUGGAGGCGUGUCACUAUGUAUAUGAAGCAAGUUUCACAUCAUUUGGUGAUGGGAGCAGAGGCAACGCACGGUUGGUCGCUCACCUGGCAGCGAGUCUUCCAGAGGUCUUGUCAUUUCACGGAGUUCGACUCAACCCUCCGGACGUGUUCACUGUGCAGAACAUACUUGAAGGAGGUGGAGGUUUCAGCUUGGAUCUGGGGGAUUCUGGGAUUGGGGUUUCUGGACUGAGAGCGCUGGUGGGGCUCAACAACGUCAACUCGUACAGGGCGUGCAUUGCUGAUGUUAUCGCCCUAUGGGAGCAGCUGGAGCGGAGUGGGGAGGAGGGGCUCCUGCGAGGGGCGGUGUCCAAGUUCAAGAUCCACCCUCUGAAAAUCACACAGCUGCGUCAUGUGGACCACCUGGCACAGCUGGUGAACAUACAUGUGCACAGGAGGCUGUCGAGCAGUUGCACCGAUUCAGACUCCAUCUUGGCAGACGGAGUACCAGCUGUCCGAGAGCUACACAAGCUGGAGUUUGAGCUUGGCCCAGACAGAGGUCCCCUGGGUCUCUCCAAGCUGUGGGAGCUCCUGCCAGCUCUACGUAACCUACAGCACUUAGAUCUGGAGAACAGUAAGAUCGGGGACGAGGGAUCCGAGAGGUUGGCUGAUGCUUUAGAGUCACUCUGUUCCCUGGAGAUUCUGAAUGUGUCUCAGAAUUGCAUCGGAGACCACGGGCUGAAGAAACUGGCAACCACCCUCGGGUAUCUGCCCAAACUGCACUGUUUGAGUCUCUACAGUAACGUGAUUUCUGACGAAGGGGCAGAGGGUUUAGCAGCUAUCCUCCCACACAUGGCGUCUCUCACUGACCUUGAUGUGAAGUACAACAAGCUGACAGACGUCGGAGCGCAAUGCCUCGGAGCCAGUCUGAGAAACUGUCAAAAAAUAAAGACUUUAAGGAUGUGGAACCAGUGUAUUCCAUACGGAGUGUUUGAGCGUCUUCAGCAGCAAGACGGUCGCAUCCUCUGGCAUUAAAACAACAUGAAACCUCUUUGUGACACGGCUGUGAGUUUUCUGUCAUGCAUCACGAUACACACGUUUCUAAAGCAUGAAUGCUUAAGAGACAAUGGAGAGAGGAUUCUUUGCUGCUUUAUUAAGAAAUGCAAGUCCUUUAUAAGAUGACGUUAGGUCUUAGAUGGAAAGUGCUGCAGCUAUGGAGAAAUUCCAGAAAUACAUUUGCACCUUGAUGUUUGUCUAGUUUUUUACAUCAGUUACUGUAUGUUUUUCUUCUGAUGUCGUUGCCUAAAUGUUGUAAAGAGUUUUUUUCUAUUUGUGUUUUUGUGUAAAUUAUAUAUUUGUUGAUACUCUUUCUGUGGCUGUAAAAUAUAAAUAGCUUCACAAUCA